GGCAGCGUGGGGUAGGAUGGUGUAGUGUGGGGGUAUUGUGGCGUGGGGGCAGGGCUGUGGAUGUGUGGAUGGUGUCACUGAGAGGGUGAAUGAGCUGCAGAAGGAAGAGGACGGCGUGGAACUGAACAUUUUGCUAUGUUAGUGUGGAGACGCCUGGAAAUGAGAAGAUGUGGUAAAGAUGCACUGGUCGUCUGAGUGGGCAGAGCAACACUAUGACAUCACUUCCACCACGUCACCUCCUGCCCACCCUAAGCCUGUUUCAUAUCCGCAGCCCAGUCAUCCUGCUUUCUCCGGAUAUUCUGACGAUAUCAGCGCCCUCAGCGCCUCCACCUUGCUGAAGCGCUAUGCUGAGAGGUAUUCCUUCACUCCGGUCUACCCGGAGCCCGGCGCUUUCCGAAGAAGUGAACCCGGCCAGGAUGCCUGGUCUAUGGGCUAUAACGCAGAUGGGAUCGAUGGAAUAAAAGGUUCUGUAGCGAGUGCAAGUAACCUUUCAGAGCAAUUCGGUAAUGGGGCCAUAUCUCAAGAUUAUACCUCCACCUACAGCGGGUCGCACUUGUACCCUCGACCCACUUACUUGCACCAGCCAGCUUUUGCCUUACCGCCAACCUACCAGACUCCUGCCCCAGUCUAUACCUAUCCCCCGGGUUUAACUAACCCUAGUUCUCCUUCCCUUCUACCACCUCUGAGCAGUGGCCUCCAACCCACCCACAGCACCCAGGUUCUGAAACGGCCCGAGGAGUUCCAGGAACAUAACAAGACUUUUGGAUUCGAUCUAAACAAAAGCACCAGAGUGUCACCUUAUACAGCAAGAGAUAACAGUGAGCAUCCCAUCAGCAAUGGCAUCCCAAAUAGCAGUGCAGAUCUUCAGAGCUUCAGGCCAGACAGGAUUCUCCCACAGCCAGUUAUGAAGGUAGACCUGGUAAGGAAGAGCAGUUAUUUACAGCCCUCAGAAACAGCGUCUUAUAAUGGUGCUGAGCAAUACACCUACCCCUAAUACACUUACCCUUGAUACACCUACCCCCGAUACACCUACUCCUGAUACACUUACCCCUGAUACACUUACCCUUGAUACACCUACCCCCGAUACACCUACCCCUGAUACACUUACCCCUGAUACACCUACCCCGAUACACCUACCCUUGAUACACCUACCCCGAUACACCUACCCUUGAUACACCUACCCUUGAUACACCUACCCCGAUACACCUACCCCUGAUACACCUACCCCUGAGAUGGCCCAAAAUAUGCAACGUAGUGGAGCGUUCGUAGAGCUUUGGUUUUAUCUGCAGAUCUUCACUCUCCAUUUGAACCUGAAUGAUGACAAAUGUUAGUUGUUAAAUUAGAUUUUAUUUUGAUGUUGGGAAUUUGUAAGGAAUUCAUGCUACAUAUUAUAUCACAUUUUAUGAUUCCCAGAUUACUACUACAAAUUGGUGUAUCAUAAUCACAAUCUUUUUCCAUAGCAGGAAUCUUCUUCUUUUUUUCUUUUUUCUUUUUUUUUUAAAAAAAAAGGAAUUUUAGUCUUGUUUCAGCACAGUAACAUUUUCAGGAUUUAUUACUAGUGGAACCUGUUUCUAGAUCUAGGUCUGUAAUAAUAUCAAUAUAGUUUCUCACAAAUAUAUUGAUAUUCACAAACUGGCCCAAGCCCCAGCAGAGUCACUAGUUGUCCCACUGUAAUGGUGACGUUGGUUCUAGGAGCCAUUUAAGUUCCUGUUUGGCGUACUGAACAUUGCUUCUAGGUCAUACACAAGCCAGAAUCUGUAGGCACAUUUCUGUCUCAGGAAUCUUUUCAGGAACUCAGGAAUUUUAAACGCAUUUCUACCACCACAAUGUAGAAAGGUUUAAAGGAACUUGUUUACUUUAGGAACAUUUCCACCGCAGGAACUUUUUUUUAAAGAAUAUAGUUAUUAUUUAGGAAUAUGUGGUGCAUUAUCACCAGGGCAACCAGGGCCAAUUUGAGCCCUGGGCCGAGUCUUCCAUAGAAACAAUUGGCAUUGGCAUAGUGAACAUUACUGAUAGUUGCUCAACCUUCUUGUAUUUAGCUAGCAACUACAAAGACUUGAAGGGUGCAAACACGGCUAGUGAUUUUAAGUCACGUUGAUGCAACAAAGACAGAACUAUUCAAGAAGAACUUCAGUCUCAGAAUCUCAGCUUCCUGCAUGUUUGCUGUGAUUUUGCCAGGCACUGAAGCGUUACACACCUACAUCUUGUUAUUCUCCCAUAUCAUGAACCCAAAACAAGAACUCAUCCAGGAGAUUUCUGAAUCUCAGAAGGUUCCUAAACCUUGGUGGAAACACAGCCUAUAUCCGUAGAGCCCUACAUUUCCUUUUCCUCAGACCGACUAUUGUUUUCUAACCCCCGCUCUGUAAGUAAUCAAUCAGUGCAGUGAAGCAUAAGCCACAGCAAGCACUAAUCCCCGAACCAAUCAAUAAAUUCUAGUCACACGGAGGGUGAAGACAGAACGUUAAGGAGGGGAAGAAAACUGAUUAGACAUUUUAAAGAUGAAGUAAAUAGUCAGGUAUUUAUACUCAGGAAAAUACUCAGGAAUUUAAACCAUAAAAGUUUACAAGGCUUUCUUUUUUUUUUUUUUUUUUUUUUU